CGUUACUUUACUGUGCAGAGGUACGUAGGUGGCACCCAAGCAAGGUGCACAUUAACUUAGGUACCAACCUGUCAGUUGGUGCGGCACUGCAAGUAUCAGACGGAAGCAAGCGACCGCCUCGCUCUUGCCGACCAAACCACCACUUGGCCCGCAUCUUUUCGUUCGUUCCGCCUUCUUCCACCUGCUUGCCUGCCCGCUCUCUACUCCCUCCCGCCUUUCUUCCCUCCGAAUUCUCCUCCGAUCCCUGCGGCGCUGCGCACGGGGACCGCCGCUGUCUCGCGGGCCUGUUGGCGGAGCACGGUGCAGCAGACGACAAACGACAAGGGCCGAGCCCGAACCUCGUAUUGGUCCCGAGCCCCAAAAAAGACGUGUGCGACGCGGUGUGAGCGGAAAGGGAGGGGAGGGCAGAAAUCGAUAUCCUCCGUGUGGCACCCCGUCUGGUGUUCCGUCGAUUCGCUCUUUGCUCCUUGUCAGGCCUCUGAAACGCACCCUUUUUGCGGGCGCCUCUGCGCCGCCGGCUUCAUCAGCGACUACCUUCCUUUCUCAACACUCGUUCAAGCUCCAAGUUUCGUGGUGCUGGCCGUCAGCGCCUCAGUCGCUUCAUCAUGGCGCUCCCCGACGGGUGGCCCGUCAAGGACGUUGUCUAUACGUCCAUUGUCGGCAUCGUAAUGUUGAUGGCCUGUCUCGAGUGGUUCCUCUGGCUCGCGGCUUUCAUGUAUUGUCUGUACAAGGUCUUUCGGAAGGCUGAGCAUUGGUCUAUACGUGUGCUCUGCUUCGUUGUUGGCCUUGCCUUCGCCUUGCUCCGCUUCAUCUUCCUGCCCAUCAUGGUGGUUACCCUGCCGCUGCCGAGCCAGGUCACCAAGAUUUGGCCACCCGCCGUCGUCUCCUUCCUGCAAUGGUUCGCAUUUUGGAGCUUUGCCAUUCUCCUGACCGUUCCGUGGCUCUUCUGCGUAUACCAGCUCGUGACAAACCAACUCGGCCGCACAAAGCGCAUCAAGAGGGUUCUCGACGAUGUCACGGCCCCAAAGGUGGUCAUCGUUAUGCCCUGCUACCGGGAGGAGCCCGAUGUCCUGGUGACGGCCAUCAACUCCGUCGUCGACUGCGACUACCCGCCCGCCUGCAUCCACGUCUUCCUCUCCUUCGACGGCGACCAAGUAGACGAGCUCUACCUCACUACACUAGAGAGGCUCGGCGUGCAUACGACCAUGGGAAAGUAUCCCAGAAGCAUCGAUGUAACUUACAAGGCUGCGCGCAUCACGAUAUCUCGCUUUCCCCACGGUGGCAAGCGCCAUUGCCAAAAGUCGACCUUUAAGCUGAUAGACAGGGUGUACGCUCAGUAUCUCAAGAGAAAUGACAACCUCUUCAUUCUCUUCAUCGACUCGGACUGCAUUCUAGAUAAGGUCUGCCUGCAGAACUUUGUUUACGACAUGGAACUAAGCCCCGGCAACUCGAGGGAUAUGCUCGCCAUGACGGGCAUCAUCACGUCGACGACUCGCAAGCAUAGCAUUAUCACGCUACUUCAAGACAUGGAAUAUAUACACGGGCAGCUGUUCGAGCGCACCGUCGAAUCUGGAUGCGGCUCCGUGACGUGCCUGCCCGGGGCGCUGACCAUGCUCCGGUUCUCGGCCUUUAGGAGAAUGGCCAAGUACUAUUUUGCGGACAAGGCUGAGCAGUGCGACGAUCUCUUUGACUUCGCCAAGUGCCACCUAGGCGAGGACCGGUGGCUCACGCAUCUUUUCAUGAUUGGCGCCAAGAAGCGCCAUCAGAUUCAGAUGUGCACGUCGGCCUUUUGCAAGACUGAGGCCGUGCAGACCUAUCGCUCUCUGGUUAAGCAACGGCGCCGAUGGUUCCUAGGCUUCAUCACCAACGAGGUGUGCAUGCUCACGGAUUGGAGACUGUGGAAGCGAUACCCGACAUUGAUCAUCGUCCGCUUCAUGCAAAAUACGAUCCGGACCACCGCCCUCCUAUUCUUCAUCAUGGUGCUGGCCCUACUUACGACGGUGGUCAAGGUGGAAAAUCUGCCCGUCGGCUUCAUCGCCGUCUCGCUGGGCCUCAACUGGCUCCUCAUGCUCUACUUUGGGGCGAAGCUGAGGCGUUUCAAGAUCUGGCUGUACCCAGUCAUGUUUGUGCUCAACCCGUUCUUCAACUGGUAUUACAUGGUUUAUGGGAUAUUCACUGCGGGUCAGAGGACCUGGGGUGGGCCGAGGGCCGAUGCCGCGGCGGCCGACACUAACACGACGGCGCGUGAGGCGGCCGAGCAGGCAGAGGCCCAAGGAGACGAGCUCAACGUGGUGCCCGAGUCGUUCAAGCCGGCACAGGAGGCGCGGAGGGCGGCCAGCAAGCGGCUGCCGUCGUCGGGCAGCGGGCUGGGCCGCAAGGUCAGCGUGGUCAGGCCGCCCGACCAAGUCGAUGGCAAGUUCUCGGCCAGACAGAAGAUGGCGACGGGCGUCUACGCGUACACGGACGAGUCAGAGGCGAGCACAGGUCUCAUGGGCGGCGCGUCGUCGACACAACUGUCGUAUUGGACCAGUGACUGGCGCGACUCUCUCGACAGCCUCAACACGACUCGCACAGACGAAAAGGUUCCACAGGUGGCGGUGCCAGUUGACAGGUUCAUGGGAGAGGAGGACCGUCGCAAGUACGCUAUCGCUCAGCAGGCGCAGCUCCAUCGCCACGACGAAGAUGUCGAGUUGGGAUACUACUCUGUGCGCGAGUUGGAACCAGAGAGAGUCCCGCUUGCCCGGGAGCGACGAGACUCCUCGGAGGACGAGUACGAAGACGUCGCCAAACGAAAGCAGUAAGGGUUGAGCCACGGCGUAACUGGGUACUUGUUGCAGCAGAGCAGAAUGGCGCCUUGAGAUCGAGAGUACGAUAUAGCGGCGUGGAUUGUCUUGUAGGGCACGGCGUUUAUGAUCCUCUUGGGGCAGACUUUUCAUUUCGAUAGAUUGGGAAUCGCCGUGACGGCUGUUAUUUUUGGGGCAUCAUCAUUAUCUGGAGCAUUUUUAGCAUCGUCGUCGUCGUCGUCGUCGUCAAUAUACUGGGUGCAUUGAUUUGCAAUGGAUGAGUGGACAUGUCAUCGGGACAGGCGGUGC